GCAAAUUUUAAUUUUGUUUGUUGCUUUUAUGGUUGCUAGGCACCUAUGUGAUUUCUGUAGAAAAACAACAGAUUGUUAAUUAUUAUAUCGAAUACAAAAUGAGAUUUAAAUAUUCUAAAACGUUUAUUGAAGCGCAAGGUUGCGAGAAUCCAGUAGCUGAUAUUAGCUGGUCGCCGAACAAUGUGAAGCUAGCAGUUGCAACUUGCGAGCGAGUAGUGAUGUUAUACGACCGUGAUGGAGUUCGACGUGACAAAUUCAGCACCAAGCCAGCUGAGCCAACUGCUGGAAAGAAGUCUUAUGUUAUUACUAGUAUCUGUUUUAGUGAAAACUCAGAAUUGCUAGGUAUAGCUCAGAGUGACAACAUGGUGUUCGUGUACCGCGUGGGCGCCGACUGGAGCGGCAAGAAGGUGAUCUGCAACAAGUUCCCUCUCACCGGCUCGCCGACACAUCUUCUGCCGGCCGACAACGGCUUUUAUACUGGGACCACCGAUGGAAAAAUUAGGUCGUUGGACUGCAAAAGCAACAAGAGUUCCAGUCUGUGGACGGCAGCAGCGUGCUGCGUGUCCCUCGCGCGCGGCAGUGAGGGCUCCUUGGCUUCGGGCCACGUGGACGGCACGCUGUACCUCAGCGGCCGGCUGCUUUUGAAGUAUGCCCUGCCGCCAACUGCACUCAUGCUGCUACCUCCUUAUCUGAUAGUGGGGUCUUGCGACGGGCGGGUGUCGGUGUACGAGGCUCAGCGCGGGGCGCUGCUCCGCAGCGUGGAGUCCCCGCUGCCGCAGGACCGCCGCGACCUCAUCGCCGCCGCGCCCAGCCCUUCUGGACAAACAAUAGCAUUUGGCGUAUUUGACGGAUGUCUAGUCGGAGAGCUGAAAGACUCUGGUAGCUUGGAGUUAUCUUUGGUACAGAUUCCGAACUUGUAUGCUGCGCGUGCGCUCACUUGGAGCGGCGAUGGGACUAAACUUGCCAUCGCGUCGCAAACUGGAGCGGUUAUACAGCUUGAAGCUGUAUUGAGGAGGUGGGUGUGGCGCGACACAGUGGAGGUCCAGCACGUGAGCCCCAAACAGCUGGUGUUGUCGCGGCUAGCGAGGGACGCCCCGCCCUUGGCCGUGACGGCCAAACUCGCGCCUGAUAUCUUCAACGUGCGAUUUAUAGGUAACGACUGGUACGCCGUUUGUCGGACUAGCAAUACGCUCAUUCUAUGCGACAUAGCGCGGGGAUUAACUAGCGAGAUUCCAUGGGCGGGCGGCGGCGAGCGAGUGUACGCGGUCGUGGGCGGAGCGUGCUUGUUGUACCGCGCCGGGGAACUGAGUGUGGUCGAGUACGGGCUGGACAGAGUCCUGCAUACGGUCCGAACAGAGAGAGUCAACCCUCACGUGCUGAGCGUCCGCAUCAAUGAGCAUAGACUUACAUCCGCGCAUAACGAGCGCAAGCAUCUAGCGUAUCUGCUGGACAGGCAAACAGUAGCCGUGGUGGACCUCAUCACAGGUGUCCAACUGGGACAGUGGUGGCACGAAGCGAGAGUGGACUGGUUGGAGCUGAACGAGAGCAGCGAGCUCUUGUUGUUGCGGGACACGAGGCGAAGGCUGGCCUUGUUGCGGCUGGGUACUGGCGAGAAGGAAAUAAUUGCCAGUGGAGUCGGUUUCGUGCAAUGGAUUGAAAACAGUGACGCCGUAGUUGCUCAGACGCCAACGCAUCUUCUUAUAUGGUACAGUGCGUGGGAGCCAGGCAGUGUGGAAAUGGCAGAAUGUAGCGGCGGACUGGCGGUGGAAGUCAGUGCACGGAAGGUGAUAUUUGAUGGCGGCCAGUUGCAGCUUGAUGAGCAUCGUCUGGCAUUCAAUAACGCGCUUCGAAGUGGUGAUUUAGUGGGAUGUGCGACAUAUUUAGAUGGUGUUGGUAAUAAUGCUGACGUUGCUCCGUUGUGGAGACAGCUCUCAGAAAGGGCUCUCGCCAACGAUGACAUACAGCUUGCAGCCAAGUGCUACAGAGAAGUUGGAGACGAAGCGAGAACAUUUCAUCUUGACAAGACCAUAGAAAUAGCAACAGAGGAAGGUCAUGGAGACAUAAAUGCAGGUUUGAAAAGCCCGCUAGUUCGAGCUCGUCUGUCAAUAUUUUCUGGAGACUUGGCCGCCGCCGAGGACUGGUACGUGAAGAGAGCGUCCCGCCCGGAGCUGGCGAUCGCUAUGUACCGCCAGUUUAACCGCUGGCCGGAGGCCAUCGCUCUCGCCGAAAGAGUCGACAGAGCGUCUGUGUCCAGUCUGAAGCAGCAGCACAUGGAUUAUCUUACUUCCACUGGUCGCUUGGGUGAAGCCGGUGCCGCUUUAGCAGCUUCCGGUGACGUCAGAGGCGCCGUAAGGUUGUGGCUGAAAGGGGGACGGGCCAGACGGGCGGCCGCCCAGCUGCUGCAGCAUCCGGCUCUGCUGAGAGACGACGAGCUCGUGGACGCGGUCCAUGCUCAGCUGCUGCAGGAGGAAUGGUGGGAAAUGGCAGGUGAAAUAUCUGAACGUAGAGGCGAUAAUCACACAGCCAUUGAGUACUAUGCGAAGGGAAAUAACUAUGCUCGAGCAGUGCAACUCGCAAGAGAGGCGUGGCCCUCAGAAGUGACUCGGCUGGAAGGCGCAUGGGGCGCCUGGCUAGUGAGUUCGCGGCAGGCGGGGGCGGCCGUGCCGCACCUCAUAGAAGCGGGGGACACGCGCGCGGCGCUCGCGGCCGCACUCAAGGCCCACCUCUACCGCAAGGCGCUGCAGAUUGUGCAGGUAAUUGAAGACAAAGAAUCUGUGAAGGAGCAAUGUCAGCAGUUAGGAGAUCAUUUUAUAUCAACACAAGAAUGGGAAACAGCGGAGAAGGUGCUGAGUUCCUGUGGGCUGGCGGAGCAUUGCGUACGCGCAUACAAUGCCGCAGGCCGCGCGGCCGAUGGUUUGCGACUGGCGGCCGCGCAACUCACCGAGGAACAAACUAGAGAUAUCUAUCUGCCGUUAGCUGAACAACUAAGGAAAGAUGGACAGCUCAGGAAGGCUGAGCAGAUUUAUAUCGGCCUGGGAGAGUCGGAUGAGGCAAUUUCUAUGUAUAAAGAAGCAACACAGUUCGAGGCCAUGCUACGUUUGGUGGCAGCCCAUCGCAGCUCGUUGUUAGAAGCCACUCGCCGACACGUUGCACAGGCUUUACAUGCUUCGGGGGAUCUACGUGCUGCAGAAAACUAUUACAUUCAAGCAGGUGACUGGAAGAGUGCUAUUCAGAUGUACCGAUCUUCUGGACAAUGGGAGGGCGCUGAAAGAGUGGCGAGGGCUCAUGCUCCCAGCGCAGUGCAACAACAGGUAGCUUUACAAUGGGCUGCAUCGUUGGGUGGGUCGGCUGCCGCACGACUUCUGGCCGCUCGCGGUUUGGCAGCUUUGGGAGCCCGGUGGGCAUUACAGGCACAACGAUGGGAUAUAGCGAUGGAGUUAAGCGAGCUGGGUGGUGGGAUAACGAAGCGCGAAGUGUGGCGGCACGAGGCGGCCUCGCUGGCCGAGAGCCAGCCCGCGGAGGCCGAGGCUGCCUUCCUGAGGGCGGCGGCGCCCGACGACGCUGUCCGCAUGUGGCUGAUCCGCGGGGACCACGACAGGGCGCUCGCUAUUGCUGACCAACACGCCUCUCAUAUGGUAGAAGAAGUGCUGGUGGAAGGGGCGCGCGCGGCCGCUGAGCGCGGAGACCUGUCUCAGUUCGAGGCACUCAUGAUUCGCGCCAACCGACCCAAGGAGGUCGUACAGCAUUACAAGGACCUCGAGCUGUAUGAGGAGGCAGCGCGUGUGUCGCGCGAGUAUUUGCCGGACAGCGACGAGCCCGUGCCGCCUGACGUGCCGCCGCUGCUGCAACGAGCGGCCGAACACGCCGACAGGGGAGAAUGGUGGGAAGCGGUGGAGCUACUGAUAGAAGCCAGCAGCGCCGGCGCCCGCGGCCAGGCCAGCAAGCUGGCGUCGCGCGCCGCUCUGCGCGCCGCGCGGCUGGCGCGCGACCGGCUGCAGGGCGUCCGCAGGCGCGCGGCCGCCGACCUGCUGGCCGACAGGUUCGCUGCUCUCGGUCAGAGCGACAUCGGCGAACAACUCCGGGCCGCGCUCACUGAGGGCUACAGUGGCGACGAAGAAGGCGCAGGGUCAUCUCAAGCGGAGUACGAAGAAGACGAAGCCGCGGACACUGGCCGGCAGCGGACGAAGGACGACGCGGCGCAGUCGCUGGAGCGGCUGGCGCGCGCCGGACACUGGCAGCGCUGCCUGGCGCGUGCCGGCGCCCGCGCGCCGCACUACGCCCUCAGAUACGCCGCACAUCUCUUCAAGGCUCAUCCGCGAAUCGAAGGCAUCGACAUCGUUAGCGAAGACAUCCCAGAAGCGCUCACACAAGUGCUGGACACGCUACGCCAGUAUGUAGUAAAGGGCGAGCCGGGGAUGGAGUCGGGGAAGGAGUCGGGGAUGGAGGCUGGGAUGGAGACGACGCUGGGCGGCGCAGUGUGCGGCGAGCUGCUGCUGCGCGCGUCGUGCGCGCCGCGCGCGCUGGCGGCGCUGCGCGACGCCGCCGCCGUCUUGUUCGCGGCCGGCGCUGACGACAGGGCGAUGCAGGCUAUUACUCUACUGAUGGCGCUACAUGUCCCGCAAAUCGCACCGAAAGCAGCGCGAGCUCUGCCCCGCUACACUGAUAUUAUCGUCGCUGAUAUUGCAUUCUAUGUGUGUGGAAUGGCGGUGCGCGCGGAAGGGAGCAGCGGGUCGCGGGAAGCAUUCGUGAUGUUAAACCGUUGUCUGGAUCUAGUCGAGGCCGCGGACGACGACUCCGCGCAUCUGCUGGAUUAUACGGACUUUGAGUGCACCGACUGGGCCCGCAGCCCGCUGCUGCUGGAGCGCGGCGGCGUGCGCGGCGCGGCGCUCGACGACGCGCGCGAGUGGGUGCUGGCCGUGUCCAUGGAGCAGGCCGUCGAACAGACGUUGCCAGUGGACGGACGCGGGCUGUACGCCGCUACGGUGCCGGCGGACGAGCCGUGCUGCGUGCUCACCGGGUACCCGCUGGGGUCCAGGCUUGUCACCUUCACUAACGGUCGGUGUGCGAACCGUGAGUGGUGGUCGCGGGCGUCAAACGCAGCGCGCGGAGGGGGCGCGGCCGCGGCCUUGCUGCAGCACGUCACGCGCUGGUGCGGACCCGGCGACUACUCGCAGAUAUAAAAUACAGCCAGGAAUUUCGGUAUAAAAGUACCCCAUUUGGUGUACGUACGUAAAUCAAAAUGGCACAAGAAGUUUUUCAAAAAAUGAGUAGGAUUUAGUGCAGUUUUAGUACUAUAAGUAUUUUAUCUUGCAUAGUAUUUUUAAAUAAAAUUCUGCACACAAAAGGUUUAUAAUUUUUCCAUUUUUGAAUUUUUACAUUCCCAUUUAUUUG